GGAUAACCGGAAAACGCAGCCUUUUUUUAAAGCUCUGUCGUCUCCAUCAAGCGGAACCAAUAAAUAAAUAAAUACUCCUUAUUGAAGUCCUGAAUAUUUUAUAUUUCCAUUUCCCGAUGAUUAUCACCAAUGGCGGAUCCAUUCGGAACAAGCCAUCGAUCUCUCGAACCGGACGACGUGUCCUCGUUCCUCCACAAUCUCAUCCAUGACGGGGGACUGUUCCACCGGACGGCGCCGGAAGUCGACGAAUCGGUGCGCCGGAGGAACGCCGGGGCUUCCGAUCGCUUGAUCGAGUCAUCUCCUCGCCUUAAUUUCCCCGAUCCAUCUGAAUUUUGCAGAACCCGAGCGAGAGAAGGUGCUGUCAACGCGUUCUCUCUGGCCGGAAUUGAGGAUUAUGAAGCCGCCGGUUCUUCGAGGAGGACUGAUUUUGAGCAUCUGAACAAGGAUCGUGAAAUCUCAGAUGGGCCAAGUAAUCCGGCUCAGCCGCGUUCCUCCAAGAGAUGCAGAUCAGCAGAGGUUCAUAAUUUGUCUGAAAAGAGGAGAAGGAGCCGGAUUAAUGAGAAACUGAAAGCGUUACAGACCUUGAUUCCGAAUUCUAACAAAACAGACAAGGCAUCAAUGCUUGAUGAAGCUAUUGAAUAUUUGAAGCAGCUUCAAUUGCAAGUGCAGGUGUUGACCAUGCGAAAUGGACCGAGCAUGUAUCCGGGUUAUUUCCAGGGAUCCCUACAAUCAGUCCAGCUCCCCAACUCUGAGAUUGAAUUUGGCAAAGGAAAUGGAGUUGCUUUUUCAGGAAACCAAGAAAUGUUAUUUCAGAGUAACUCUCAUGUUUCUAACCACAAUCCCACCACUCAGCACACUAUGCAUUCAACCAAGAACAACAUGGCCAAUCCAGAGAACCCCGGGCUUCUGCAAACAACAAUUCACAACCCCUAUGGACUUCUCAACCAAUUGGCAUCCACUAAGGAUCUAUGUAGGGACAAUGCACUAUCAAGAUUGCAUUUGGACACGAGUUGCUCUGGAAACAAUUCGUCGUCGGGCAUCUCUUCUUAAUUAAACAGUCAGAAAAUUCCUGGUUAGAUUAAGCCAAACUGUUUGGGGGAUCUCUUAGUAGUCUUUAUUUAUUUUGGUUUGACUCAGAUCACCCGCAAGAUCAGUCCGCGCUACUAAAUCUAUAGGAGCAACACCCGAACCCAAAGUAUUAACACUAUCAAUAAUGUUUCCAUAUGAAUAUGUUCGUUUGUAUGGCAAACACUGUGGGCUAAUGUUGUCGGGGGGUAGCAUGUAAGGCAUUUGAGUACUCCUUAUGAUGUAGUUGGAUGUAACAGUUUGAUCAUGAAAAAUGAUUUGGACGAUGAGAUUUUUGCAAAAAGUGCAUAAUGUGAUUGUAGUAAUUCUUAGAACAUUUUUUAUGAGUGAACUUGUAAAAAUAAUACGGAGUGUCAUAA